UCCUGUAUCCACCUGCUGCUCUGCGUUGAGUUGUAUUCGCUUUCGGUGGAUCCCAAGCUACGGUUUACGGGGUUUUGGGAAUAAAAAUCAUACCUUUUUCUUUUCGGUUUCGCGAUUCGAAGAGGGGGCUAAUAAGAGAUAUCACCGCUCCCAAAGGUUGCAGUGGAGCUGAAUAUGCAAGAAAUAAUAGUAUCCCAGUCAUAUUGUUCCCUAAGACCAAAUCCCGACGGGUUAUCAGCUGAUGAUCUUGCCGCUACUUUAAGGAACCUUAAUGUGGAUCUCGUUCUCCUUGCUGAUUACUUGAAACUUAGUCCUGGUGAAUUGGUUCAGGCUUAUCUGAGAUCAAUAGUAAACAUUCAUUCUACUCUUCUUCCAGCUGUUGGAGGCAAAGGAUUUUAUGGUUUAAAGGUGCAUAGAUCUGUCAUUGCUUCUGGGGCUAGGUCUUCAACUCCUACUGUGCACUUCGUGGAUGAACAUUUUGAUACUGGUCAUCUUGCUCAGAGGGUCAUUCCCGUGUUACCAAGUGGCUCUGCAGAGCAGUCGGCUGCUAGGGUCCUACAUGAGGAGCAUAAAGUCUAUGUCGAGGUGGUUUCAGCUUUAUGCGAAGAGCUCAUAGUUUGGAGAGAAGAUGGUGUUCCUCUUAUAAGAAGUGGAGAAAAUCCUGAUGAAUAUAGUUAAUUAUUGGCUUGAGAUCCUUCUUUCUCUGGUCUAAAUCAUACUUAAUAAUUUCAGGGUUAUUUUGACUUUGACCCUGGUGACAAUCAAAUACAAAGUAGAUUGAUAAUGGUAUCGAUACUGAUACAAUUCACGAAAUGUUGGUACAAAAUGUAAUACCAUCAUUUAGAUGAGAGGAAUUAUAAUGUACUGCUGUUUGUUUUAUUCUCUUUGGGGCAAAAGGUCAAUUACAUUAUUCUAAUCAGAGUUUAUGAUUCAAAAUUCCAAUU